CCUCAGAUCAGUCAUUUUUUUUCAAAACCCCCAGCCCCUCCUCGCCGGAAAAUCGGCCCUUUCCCCUUCUCCCUCGAUUUUCCGGCCAUAUCUCCCUCUCCCGACCUCCAAAUCACAAACCGCGAGCGCCCCCACGCUCCUGGCGUCAAGGAGCACAUUCCCCAACGAUUUGGGCUGGUUUGGCUGAGGUUAUCUCGCCGGCGGUGAGUUUUCCGGUGAGUCUCCGGUGUGUUUUCCGGCGAUUUUGGGUGCUUCUCUCCACUUUCUUCCUCUUUCUCGUGGUAUCUUCUUGCGUCUCCAGGUGUGUUCUCUUUGUCUUUUCUUAUAUUUUUGGAGAAUCGAUACCUAGAGUUAGGAGAAGAACUUUUAAUUGUGGAAUGCAUGGUUUGGGGAAUAUUUUGGGGUUUGGGGGAUGAUUGGGCUGAUUGCAUGUUGAAUGGCCUGUGUGAAUUGUGAUUUUUCUGUGAUGCCUCGAUUGGUGCUAUUUAGAGCAGUUGUGGUUGCUUGUUUAACCGGGGGCCUAGUCCACUGUCCAAAUCGCUUGAUUUGAGGGUCCCCGGUGUGUUCAGCUGGUAUUUCUCGUAUGAUGGGUAUGUUUGUGUCGCCGGGAGUCUAGCCCACUGUCCAUAUCUACCGAUAUGAGGACUCCCGGUGUGGUUUGGCCUAACAUUGACCCCGUUUGCUUGUGUACCCUUUGUCCUUCAUUGUGUUUUGCAGGAUCAUGGAGGAUUAUCUCGACCGGCUGAACAUUAUCCAGCGCCAUAAGCUGCGGAACCUCCGCACCCGCAAAAUCGCCAAGCACCAUCACCUCGAUUGGGAGGUGUUCGAGGAGCUUGGUGCCAGGCCACAGAUGGAGGCUGCGGUCCGCUCCCCUGCUUGGCGGCGUCUGCUCUCCCUUGCUGAGCCGACCUACAAGGAGUUGGUCUUGGAGUUCUACGCCACCUUCACCCACACUCAGAAGGGGAACUCCGAUCACGCUAAUGCAGUCCAGUUCACUCUCGGUGGGGUGGAGCACUCCCUCAGCUACUGGGAGUUCGCCAAUGCACUUCGCCUCAACUCCCGGGAAGCUGGUGGGCCGCCUCUACGCCUUGAUCUCGCUGAUCCCACGGACUUCCCUUCUCAGGCGUACUUUCAGAGCAUCUGCCUGCCCGACAGUGUGGAUGAACAGUACGUGGCCAGCCAGACGCGGGCUUCUCUCCUCCGUCCGGAGUGGCGGAUCCUCAACCACCUGAUGUGCACUUCCUACACACCCAGCGCAGGCUCGGCCAACCAGGUCACGCUCCGUACACUCUGGUUGAUGCAUGCGAUGGGUCGUUCUGAGGACACCAUCCAGCUGGGCUCUGUACUGGCGAGGACAUUCACGAAACCAGCCAUCAGCACGACUCGCGCCCUCGUUUGUGGGCCGGUGAUCACCGCCCUGGCCCGCAACUACGGGGUGGAUUUCACCGGGAUGACUUUGGUGUGCGCGCCGUCUCCACUCAGAGAGGCUACUCUUCGCAACCAGCACCUGCUUGCUCGCCACGGGCGUCAGCGCUGGAUCGAGGGCCUUCCUCAGCCACCUCCCCCUGCCGAGGGUGACCAGGCCGAGUCGAGCGCCGCUAGUGGGCGCCGAGGUCGCCGUCGCGUUCCCCGUCGUGGCCCAGCUCCCGCGAGCCCCUCUCCUGCCCCCCGGUCUCCGUCUCCAGGGUCGCCCCCUCCAGUGGUGGUGCCCAUCUCCGACCAGUUGGCGGCGAUCUCGCAGCAGAAUGAGCGCCUCCUCGCCGGCCAGGAGCUCCUCCACACCCACCUUGAUCGUGAGCGGGACCGCGGGCGUCGCAUCCUGUCCGGACAGCACUACAUCAUGUCCUACUUGGGCUUGGACCCGAGCGCAGUCCACUACCCGUUCGUGCAGUCCCCGGGAUUUGAGGAUGAGUACCCUCCCCCUACUGGCGAUGGUGGUGAUGCAUUCUAGAGCGGGUUUUGUGCUUUAUCUGUUUUCCAGACUGAGACUCUGUGUUUUGUGGUUUCAUUUUGUUUUGUUUUAUCUCGGAUUGUAGACUUGGUACUCUGACUCCUAUCACCCAGUGUAUGUUUUUGUGUCUCUAGCUCUGUGCCCCUUCUUUUGACUGGUCCGCCAUCCAGUCAACGUUCCUGACCACUGUUUCACGGUAACAUCGUUCCCCUUCCCUCUGCUCCAUUGAGGACAUUGUCGCGUUUAAGUGUGGGGGGGGGGGGGGUUCUUUGUAUGAAUUGGAACGUAUAUAUGUGUGCUUGGAGCCUAGUCCACUGUCCAAAUCUUGAGAUUUGAGGGCUCCAAGCACGGCUGUUUGCUUGAUGAUUGAUCGUAUUGGCACUAUGGAUAUGAUUAGUGAAUUGAAUGGCUUUUGACUUGAUACAUGACAACUUGAGUGGGACUUAGACAACUUAUUGUGAUGACUGAGAUGUGCAGUAGAAUUGUGUAGGGGUUCAGUUUUCUCAACUGUUUGCUCACCAAAUGUGACUUGGUUUGAUCACUUGCUUUUGACAGUCAGUUAUGCAUCUAGUUCAGGGAAUCAGAACGAGAGAUAGAGCAUAUAGGUAGCCAUGUGAGAUUUGAGCCUGCUCGUUUCUUUCUUGUGCGAUAGUUUCCUCUUCCAUGAUGUGCAGCAUUCACGUUGUCAUUAGCUAAGAUGAUGGAGGCAUAGGAUUAGCCCACGACCAAAUUGACUGUCCUAGUGUGUCAUACCCCCUAGUCAGCCCCUUUGAGCCGUGUGUUAUCCUUUCUUUUGGUCUGAAAUGAAAAAAAAUCACCCUUUGCAUCUUUUAGAAGGUUCCACAGAGUGGUUUUUACAUAUUCUCUGCUGUUUCUGCUAAACGUAAUGUGAGGGUUGGAGGUAGUGCUUAAAAGUUGGGCAGGUGUUUGAAAUUGUGCAGAGGUGGUGGUUCUCUUAAGAAAUGGAAAAUAAUGAA